AUGGAUAGUCAUGACAGUGUUACAGACUUUGAGACAAAAGAACAUAUCGGUUCUGCACCUCCAGCUUCUAAUAAUGUUGAUUUAUGUCCUCAAAAGCAUAAAAAGCGACCAAAAGCAUUGAAUCCUUUUACACCGAUGCCGCCGAACACAAAAAAGUCUAAGUCAGCAAAAUGCAACCGUUUUUUCUCCUUGAUCAAGUAUAAUGGUGGAACACGUGCCGUCCUAGCUCAUUUGAGAAGAUGUAGUAAUAAUCCAGAUAAUGGAAUGUGA